AGUCCCCACUACACAAAAAUCAAAGAAGGGUGAGCCGGAAAAAAUCCUCUCACUGUUUACGUUCAUCCUUCACGCUCUCUCUCAGUUGGCAGGAAUCCAUGGUUGGAGGGCUAAAUUCAGAAAGAGACAAUGGAACGCCGCACCCAAUUGUGGUGUCUAUCUACAUCAGUUCUCUUCAAAAUUGAACUCGAUCGGUGCUUUCUUCCCUCUUCAAAAUUGAAGCGCGUGCCAUUCAUCCGUGCUGGUCUUCUCUCCCACUGAAACCAACUUUUCUGAAUCAUCUGCAUAAUGAGGGAGAAGUGAUCAUGGUGAUGAUGAUGGGGGCUUUGAUGGGUAUGGCUUCCAUUAACGAAGACAUAGGCCUUUAGCUGACUUCUUCUGAACAGUGCUCCCCUUUGAUCAAAUAUGCAUCUUUAUUACUUUGUGGACAACUUUUGGGAUAGUGGAAAGGAUAUUGAAAUUGUUCUCCAACACUAUUCUUGGAAAAGAAGUAGCUGAUCCUACCAGUUGGAGGAGUAGCAGCAUCCAUGUUCAUCAAGAGAAGAGUUCUUGGCUUCACACCAAAGGAUCUCCUAAAAGGUUCAAUAGAUCUUCAAAAGCACAUGGCUUAAGGCUGGAAGAAAAGGAGCACCAGACUACCACUACGAUACUACGAGAAAUGGAAGAUUGCGGCUUCAAAAUAGGUUAAGGUCUAUUGUGGCCGGCAUCUCUACAAAAAAGAAGAUCAACGUUUGCGACCUCAAUGCAACAUCAAAGCCACUCCUUCGAUAUUCAGGAGCUAACCAGCGAUGGGUUGUAACUCUGUGAUCAUGCUUACAUCCUAGUGGUGCUCCAUAGUUGAGAGUGGAGCUAACAUGCUCACGCCAUUUGGGUUUUCAGUUUUGAAUCCGAAUAAAGCAUGUGCUUUUUUCAGCCCAAGGACAGCUCUCUUUAACUUGCUAUGGAAUUCUGAACGCCAGCAUGAAGAUCAAAUUAAACCAUGCUUCUAUAUGAGCCAACCCACGAGGGAAUGCUGUACCCUACCCAGAAUUGAUCAUACGCUUGAUCCAAAAGUUGCGAGGUCAAAUUCUAUUAUCACAAAGCUGUGCAAAGAAGGUCGUACUGCCAAAGCGCGAGUACUGUUCGACGAAAUGCCUGAACUAGACGUGAUUUCAUGGACAGCUAUGAUUUCAGGGUACAUAAGUUGUGGUUUGAUUAGUGAAGCUAGGGAAUUAUUUGACCGAGCUGAUGCUAAGAGAAAUGUUGUCACCUGGACAGCUAUGGUUGCUGGGUAUAUGAAGGCAAAACAAAUUUUCCGGGCCGAGAGACUUUUCAAGGAUAUGCCGGAAAGGAAUGUGGUGUCUUGGAAUAUUAUGAUUUACGGGUAUGUGAAAGCUGGUAGAAUUAAUGAGGCGCUGGGGUUAUUCCAGAAGAUGGAAGAGAGGAAUGUUGUUUCUUGGAAUAUGGUGAUUGGAGGACUGACUCAAUGCGGAAGGAUGGAUGAGGCAUGGAGGAUUUUUCACCAAAUGCCAGCAAGAAACGUGGUUUCCUGGACAUCCAUGAUUGUCGGCUUGUCAGGCAAUGGGAGAGUAGAAGAGGCAAGGAUGCUUUUUGAAGGGAUGCCAGAUCGGAAUGUGGUUUCAUGGAAUGCAAUGAUUACUGGGUACAUAAAGAAUUUAAUGUUUGAUGAAGCAUUUCAACUGUUUGAGAGGAUGCCCGAAAAGAGUGUUUUCUCAUGGAAUACAAUGGUCACUGGUUUUCUAGAGAAUAAGGAUCUGGAAAGUGCAAGAGUGUUAUUCAAUGAAAUGCCAAGAAAAAAUGUUGUUUCCUGGACAACGAUGAUUAACGGGCUUGUGCAGAGUGGCGAAAGUGAAAAAGCUAUAGAAACAUUAAGAGAAAUGCAAUGGGAUAGCCACGUAAGACCAAAUGAAGGCACCUUCAUUUGUGUCUUGGGUGCUUGUAGCAACAUAGCUGGUCUCAGUGAAGGGAUGCAAAUUCACCAAGUAGUUAGCAAGACCAUCUAUCAGGAUAACCAACAAGUCGUUUCUGCACUUAUUGAAAUGUAUUCAAAAUGUGGAGAGCUGUUAACUGCCAUAGAAUUGUUUGACAGUGAUGGAUUUAGAAGCCAACAAGAUGUUGUCUCUUGGAAUGGAAUGAUUGCAGCAUAUGCUCACCAUGGAUGUGGUAAAGAGGCAAUCUAUCUGUUCAAAGAAAUGCAAAAGAUGGGGUUCAAACCCAACAGUGCAACUUAUGUGGGGCUUCUUUCUGCUUGCAGCCAUUCGGGGUUGGUCGAGGAAGGGUUGACUUACUUUAAAGAGCUUAUGAGAGACGAGUCCAUAGAGAUGGGAGACCACCACUACUCAUGCCUCAUUGACCUCUGCAGCCGAGCAGGAAACCUCAAAGAGGCUUACAGACUCAUGGAACAACUCCACACAAAGUUACCUGCAAAGAUAUGGACAGCUCUUCUUUCAGGAUGUAGUGUUCAUGGCGACGAAGAAACUGGGAAACUUGUAGGAGAAAAACUCCUAGGGAUUGGCCAGGUUGCUUCCGAGAGUUGCAGCACUUAUACAUUGCUCUCUAACAUAUAUGCUUCAAGUGGGGAUUGGAAAGAGGCUGCAAAACUGCAGGGGAAAAUGAAGGGUAAAGGGUGGAGAAAGCAGCCUGGUUGUAGUUGGAUUGAAGUGGAAAAUAGGGUCUUUAUUUUUAUGGCUGGUGAUAGGUCUCAUGAUGAAACUGGGCUGAUUUAUUCUUUGCUAGAUAUUCUUCAUAUAAGAAUGAAGAGGGAUGAUUUCUUUCCUACAGGCAAUUUCAUCAUGGAAGAGGAUUGAUUCUGCAUUCAAUUGACCCUUUUCCUCAAGCUCGAACUUAAAUAUGUACAUAUCUUCACACGAAUGCUCUAAGAAGUUUGUGAUUUUAAGUUAAUACUCUGAAAUUGAAAAAUUUAUACCGCUACUCCCAGAAAUUGUUUUAUUUUAUAGCAAUACUCCGGACUGCCAACGAAGCAGAAUAUGUGGCACUUUAAAUGAUGACUGUAAAUUAUUAAGUAUGUGUUGGUAAUUACAUAGUAAUAUAAAAUAAAAGAAAAUAAUGUUUCAGACAAAAUAUAGAAUUUGAAGGUACAUAUUUCAUAAUCAAAUUUAUAAUCGUUG